AUGACGCGGUGCAGGCUGAGAGAUGGUCACGCUGAUGAGACGCUGGCACCACUGCGAGCCACUAUUGACGACCAAAAGAUCGACACCAUGAGCAAGCCAGAACUCCUACUCCAAGUUGUCACAGACGUCAUCUGUCCCUGGUGCUUCGUAGGCUCUCGCCGGCUCAAAGCUUUCCUCGAGUCGGACGACUACAAGAAGCAGAUCGCACCUCACGUUCAGCUGCUUCUCAAGAUCGAGCCUUACAUCUUGGAUCCACGACUUCCCGCAACUUCCUUCGACACGCCCGACAAAUUCUACGAUGCAAUCGAGAGGACAGCCUACGAGAAGAAUGCGCCGCCGACGAAGAAAUUCUACUACUCCUCCAAGUUUGGUAGUAAUCUAGACGCUUUCGACGCCAAGAUCUCGACAGCGGGCGAAGAGCUGGGUAUGCCGAGAUUCGACUGGACGAGCGAAGGCAAAGUGGGAGCGACAUGGAACGCACAUCGAUUGGUGCUGAAGGCUAGCCAGUUAGACGAGCAGAGCCAAGGAAAGGCGGGUGAGGAUGAUGUAACAGCGGCUUUGCAGUCGUCGCAGGUAAGGCUGAUGGAUCGCUUGUACCAAGACUUCCACUCCAAGAGCAAGGACAUGUCGGACAACAAGUAUCUUGCUGGUAUCGCGAAGGAGUUCGACUUGUUCGACUCGGAAGAUGCAGCUCAAAAAUGGCUCGAAUCGGAUGACCUCGAAUACGAACUCGGGCACAAGCUUCAACAGGCCGAUAUGAAUGGCGUCCAGAGCAUUCCUUUCUACAUUGUCAACGACGGAGCGGACCACAUGAGCGAGACCGGCUCGCACGACUCGUUCCUCAAGAUGAUGCAGAUGGCCGUCGCGCCGUAUGUUCGCUGA